GACGGGCGGGAGCGCCGAGCGCCCCGCGGGAAGGUCCCGGUUCGGACGCGGGGCUCAGCCUGGGCGGCCGAGCCCACAACGGUCCUGAGCAAGGAUAACAGAGAAAAAGAGAAGAACUGCGCCGCUUCCCCCAGAUUUUAACAAGUUCUUUGCAGAAGAAUAUUUGACCAGAACUAGAGGAUCAUGAUGACAAGAUUCAUCUGUUUAAUGCUAGUAACUGCUGUGGGAGUUACUACAAGUAAAGCACAGGAAUUUGAAGGCAAUGACAAGGAAACAGAUCAAGAAUUCAUUUACAUGAACAGAUAUAAGCGUUCCAGUGAUACGCAGGACAAAUGCACUUACACCUUUAUCGUACCUCAGCAGAGAGUGACAGGUGCCAUUUGUGUUAACUCUAAGGAGCCUGAAGUUCUACUUGAAAACAGGGUAAAUAAACAAGAAUUACAGUUACUUAACAAUGAACUACUUAAACAAAAGAGACAAAUAGAAACUCUCCAGCAACUGGUAGAGGUGGACGGUGGAAUUGUUAAUGAAGUUAAACUCUUAAGAAAAGAGAGCAGAAACAUGAAUUCUCGUGUCACACAACUCUACAUGCAGCUACUACAUGAAAUUAUCCGAAAACGUGAUAACGCCUUAGAACUUUCUCAACUUGAAAAUAAGAUUUUGAACCAAACUGCAGAUAUGUUGCAGCUUGCAAGCAAAUACAAAGACUUAGAGCACAAGUACCAACAUCUGAUGUCAAUUGCCAAUAAUCAGUCAAUGAUAAUUGCCCAGCUGGAAGAACACUGUCAAAGAAUGCCAUCCAUAAAGCCACUGCCACAAACUCCACAACCACCACAUAAAGUGUAUCAGCCUCCUACUUACAAUCGCAUUAAUAACCAGAUAUCUACUAAUGAGAUUCAGAGUGAUCAGAACUUAAAGGUUCUGCCACCUACCUUACCAACCAUGCCUGCAGUUACUAGUAUUCCAACUUCAACUGAUAAACCAUCUGGGCCCUGGAGAGACUGUCUACAAGCAUUAGAAGACGGCCAUGACACAAGCUCUAUCUAUCUUGUGAAACCAGAGAACACAAACCAGCUGAUGCAGGUCUGGUGUGACCAACGGCAUGACCCUGGGGGCUGGACAGUCAUUCAAAGACGGCUGGAUGGCUCUGUCAACUUUUUCAGGAACUGGGAGACAUACAAGCAAGGAUUUGGUAAUAUAGAUGGAGAAUAUUGGCUCGGAUUAGAAAACAUUUAUUGGUUAACAAAUCAAGGCAACUACAAACUGCUCAUAACAAUGGAGGACUGGUCAGGUCGGAAGGUGUUUGCUGAGUAUGCCAGCUUCAGGCUGGAGCCUGAGAGUGAGUACUACAAGCUGAGGCUGGGCCGUUACAACGGCAACGCAGGCGAUUCCUUCACUUGGCACAAUGGCAAACAGUUCACCACGCUGGACAGGGACCAUGACGUGUACACAGGUAACUGUGCCCAUUACCAGAAGGGAGGAUGGUGGUACAAUGCAUGUGCUCAUUCCAAUCUCAAUGGAGUCUGGUACCGGGGAGGGCACUACCGCAGCCGAUACCAGGAUGGCGUUUACUGGGCUGAAUUCCGGGGGGGGUCGUACUCACUAAAGAAAGUUGUUAUGAUGAUAAGACCUAACCCUAACACAUUUCACUGAAAUAACUCUUCUCUUGGUUUGCUUUCUUGUUCUAAAAACAUCACAUAAAGAUAUAGUACCUGGAAUGAUCUUUUCAGAAAUGAGGAAUGUAAGAUAUUGUACAUUUAUUGAUAAGAUAUGAGGGCUUGUAUAUUGUAUUUUCAAGAAUAAUCCCAGG